AUGGCGGCGGCGAUCGCCAGCGGGCUGAUCCGACAGAAGCGGCAGGCGCGCGAGCAGAACGCGCACCGCCCUGCGCCCAACCGGCGGCGGAAGAGUCCGGCCGCCAGGAAGAGCGGCGCGCUGUGCGGCGGGAGCGGCGGGGGCGGCGGCAGCGGCAGCCUGGCGGAAAUCUUCUCCAAGGUGCGCAUCUUCGGGCGGAAGAAGCGGCGGCUGCGGAGACAAGAGCCCCAUCUGAAGGGCAUCGUGACCCGUCUGUUCUGCAGAACCGGGUUCUACCUCCAGGUCGGACCGGACGGAACGCUGGACGGAACCACGGACGACAGCAGCAAUGCCUCUCUGUUUAACCUGGUCCCAGUGGGUCUCAGAGUCGUCGCCAUCCAGUCGGUGAAGACCGGACUUUACAUCGCCAUGAACGGACAGGGACACCUCUACUGCUCUGAGCUCUACACACCCGAGGCGCGCUUCAAGGAGGCGGUGUUCGAGAGCUACUACGUGGUGUACAGCUCGCUGCUGUACCGCCAGCAGGAGUCGGGGCGGGCCUGGUUCCUGGGUCUCGACAAGGAGGGCGGAGCCAUGAAGGGCAACCGCGUCAAGAGGACCAAGGCCGCCGCCCACUUCCUGCCCAAGCCCAUCGAAGUGGCUCUGUACCAUGAGCCCUCGCUACACGACGUUGGAGCCACCGCCCCUGGCCCCGCCCCCGGCCCCGCCUCCAAAAGCACAGCCAGUGAUCCGCUGGUGACGAACGAGGGGAAACCAGUCAGCAGGCCCAGCAAGGAGCGAACAUGA